CGACUCUACUCUCGCUGCAGGGCCCCGGCCCGUCCCGUCUCAACGGAACUCGCGUUGCUCGCAUAGCCCUGCCUUUCCUAUAUAAAGCGACCCUCCUCGGCCGUCGGAGUAGCGCUCACUCACCUCACCACAUUGGCCUCGAAGCCAGCCACUGCUGUCUGCUGCGGACACCACCACAUAGUGGCGAGUGCGUCCUGAUCCGAUCGAGCAUGGACCAGCUUCCCAGGUGCGCAGCCAACUACGUGCCGCUCAGCCCGGUGGGGUUCCUGCCGCGCGCCAAUGCCGUCUACGGCGAGCGCACGUCGGUCAUCUACGGCCGCGUCCGUUUCACGUGGAGCCAGACGUACCGCCGCUGCUGCCGCCUCGCGUCCGCGCUCCUCGCCCUCGGCGUCCGCAAGAACGACGUGGUCUCUGUCCUCGCGCCAAACGUGCCGGCCAUGUACGAGAUGCACUUCGCCGUGCCGAUGGCCGGCGCAGUGCUCAACACCAUCAACACGCGCCUCGACGCCAACGCGGUGGCCACCAUCCUGCGCCACUCCGAGGCCAAGCUCUUCUUCGUCGACUACGACUACGUGCGCCUCGCCAGCGACGCGCUCCAGCUCGUCGCUAACGCCGGCGCGCCCGUCCCGCUCGUGGCCGUCAUCGACGACAUUGACAGGCCCACCGGGGUCCGCCUCGGCGAGCUCGAGUACGAGGGGCUGGUUGCCCACGGCGACCCGGAGGCGGAGCUACCGCCGCUCACCGACGAGUGGGACGCGGUCACGCUCAACUACACGUCGGGCACGACGUCGGCGCCCAAGGGCGUGCUCUACAGCCACCGCGGCGCGUACCUGAGCACGACGAGCCUGCUGCUGCAGUGGGGGGUGGGCAACGAGCCCGUGUACCUGUGGACGCUUCCCAUGUUCCACUGCAACGGCUGGACCUUCACCUGGGGCAUGGCGGCGCGCGGCGGCGUCAACGUCUGCAUCCGCGACGCGCAUCCCGCGAGCAUCUACCGCGCCAUCGCCCGCCAUGGCGUCACACACAUGUGCUGCGCGCCGGUAGUGUUCAAUAUCCUCCUCGAGGGAGACGCCAACAAGCAGCUCGAGGCUGCGGUCCACGUCCUCACCGGCGGGGCCCCACCGCCAGCCGCGCUGCUGGAGCGCGUCGAGCGGAUUGGCUUCCGCGUGACGCACGCCUACGGCCUCACGGAGGCAACGGGGCCCGCGCUUGCAUGCGAGUGGCGCGACCAGUGGGACCGCCUGCCGCUCCAGGAGCGCGCGCGCCUCAAGGCGAGGCAGGGGGUUAGCGUCCUGUCCCUCGCCGACGCCGACGUCAAGAACGCUGACACCAUGAUCAGCGUGCCGCGCGACGGGAGGACCGUCGGAGAGAUCGUCCUCCGCGGCAGCAGCGUCAUGAAGGGCUACCUCAACAACCCGGAGGCGAACGAGAAGGCCUUCAAGGGCGGAUGGUUCCUGACGGGCGACGUCGGCGUUGUGCACCAGGACGGGUACAUCGAGAUCAAGGACAGGUCCAAGGACGUGAUCAUAAGUGGUGGGGAGAACAUCUGCAGCAAAGAGGUGGAGGAGGUGCUUUUCCGGCACCCGGCCGUGGCUGACGCGGCGGUGGUUGCGAUGCCGCACCCGCGCUGGGGCGAGACGCCGUGCGCGUUCGUCGUGGCCAGGAGCAAGGCUGCCGGGGCCUGCGAGGACGACGUGCUCGCAUUCUGCAGCAAGCACAUGGCGCGUUUCAUGGUGCCCAAGAAGGUGGUGGUCGUCGACGCCCUCCCGAGGAACGCGCUGGGAAAGGUCGAGAAGGUCAAGCUCCGGGAGGUGGCCCGUAAGCUGCAGCCGACCGUGCCGGCGCAGAAGCCUAAGGGGAAGACGACGACGGUCAGCGGGCGCCGCGACAAGCAGCCGGUGGCGCACGUCAUGGCCGUGUCGAGGCUAUAGCACACCACUAUACCAGCUGGUGCUAUACGCUUCUUUCUGCCGAAGUUGGUGAACUGGUGAUCUGGUGAAGGUUUAUUGGUCGGUGAAAAUAGUGGGAUUUUGACACUAUUCGUGCCAAACUUUCAGGAAUAAGAAUGGCGUCGUUAGUGUUUUGAGCUUCCGAUGUGUAGUGGUAAAACUAGCUAGUGUAAGAAUGGCUGAGGUGAGGUGUAUCACAGGGCACCUAUUUGUUCUUUAUUUUUCUUCA